AGUCGGGCCGACGAGAUGCUGCGCCAUCUGCUCCGCCACGAGAACAACAAGGUCUUCGUCCUGAUCCUGCUCUACUGCGUCCUGGUCAGCAUCCUGAAACUCUGCACGGCACAGCCGGAUAGCUCUGUGGCCGCCACCGAUAAUGAUAUUACGCAUCUUGGCGACGAUUGUCAGGUGACGCCCGUCAUCCAUGUGCUCCAGUAUCCUGGAUGUGUGCCCAAGCCGAUUCCCUCGUUCGCCUGUGUGGGUCGCUGUGCCAGUUAUAUCCAGGUUUCGGGCAGUAAGAUCUGGCAAAUGGAGCGUUCCUGUAUGUGCUGCCAGGAGUCUGGUGAGCGGGAGGCAGCCGUCUCGCUAUUCUGUCCCAAAGUGAAGCCCGGCGAGCGUAAGUUCAAGAAGGUCCUGACCAAGGCCCCAUUGGAGUGUAUGUGUCGGCCAUGCACUUCCAUCGAGGAGUCUGGCAUCAUACCACAGGAAAUUGCCGGCUACUCGGACGAGGGUCCACUCAACAAUCACUUCCGGCGCAUCGCUCUGCAAUAGAUCCCCCCAUCAGUUUAGCACUCAUACCCAUGCCCAUUUGCUCAUUCAAAUAAAUUAGA